UCUGGAAGCAACGAUUACUUCCCUGUAAUGCAGCUCGUGGUGGACACUGGCAUCUUGGAAGGCCGGGUGACGAUUCGACUUCUUACGCUUAAUCAGAGUGUCAAGUUCCGGGGUUUCUUCAUUCGUGCCAUGGCGCUCAAGGGCAGCAACUGGGUCUUCUUCUCCGGGGUCUUUGAGAAGGAUGCGAAGUUCCAGGACUCCUUGUACAUCAGCUGCGACGGCCACGAAAAGACCGCCGUGAGCCACGGAGACGGCAAAGACAAGGUGGAGGUCGUGGUGCACUGGAGACCGGAACCUAUUCCAAAGGAUCUCGUCCAGGUCAUCUUUAGGGCGACGGUGGUGCAGACUCACGACAUCUACUUCUUGAAAGUUGACAGCAGAAGCCUCCUGUUCGGCGCAGCCGACCCUGCCAUGUUUAGGCGAAUGACUCUCGUGGAUCUCCACGGCUACUGUGUCGUGUCUGCAGCUGUCUGGCUUUUUUAUGCCUGGGUGGUGUGAAAAGCAUCACGGUCCAACGACCCGCUAUCAGCCAAGGCACACCAUUGAGGACAGACUUGUCGCAUGGACUAAUAGUUCCGUGCGAACUUGCAACACUUAUGCGUGCAAUAGUUAAGCUUCUCCUACAUUCGCGCGCAGCAGUCAUCCUGAGAACAAAGUUUCGGAAUAGGCUACAAGGGUACUUUUUGCGUGCCAGAAUUUGAGGACACAGAAGUGGUGAGAUUUAGUAUUUAUGAAUUUGCGGUCACGCUUUGCGUCCUUGCGAAUAAAUAAUUGUAUUCAUGUGUUCAGUUACGCUUGUAACUGCGGCUAGAAAGCUAACCUAUAUGACAAAAUAAAAAAUAUACUCCAGUAAACUAAAAGCCCUGCUUAUACGCAUUUCGUCCUUGAAGUUAAUUACGAAUAGUAAAAAAAAAAAAC